AUGGAUGGACUGAGUGGCGCCGCGAGUGUGAUAGCAGUCAUCUCGUUAGCCGUCCAGCUCGGCUCUGGCGCCCACACUCUUUACCAAUUCCUAGAGACAAUUUCCGAUGCCCCUGCCGAGCUACAUCGCUUGCAGAGCACUCUUUCUCAGAUCAAAGCCAUCGCAUUCGGUAUCCAAAACGCCCUCGAGUAUCAGAGACGAAUCCAUGGCGAUGGGGUCCCGGUCGCAGGUGAUAUCCUGAACUCGCUCGUCAGUUGCGAAGAAAGAGUCCAGCAAAUCACCGAUAUCGUCAAUAAGGCGGAUGGCACCCACCGGGGGCUAACCGGGGUAUCUCGAAAGUGGGCGCGGUUCAAAGUCGCCUUGAAGAAGGAAAGAGUUCAGGAGCUCGAGCAACAGCUUGGAAAUUCUCUCCAGGUUUUGAAUGUGCUAAUGACGACGAACCUCAUGUAA